UCGUCAUUAUUAUUGCUAGCUAACAAAAAUAGUAGUAAUAUAUUACGUUGUUUCAUACAAUAGCUAUUAAUGCUAGCUAGCUAGCUAGUAGCGGAUAUACAGAAUACAGUUGUGAGUAUAUACGUAUAUACAUUAGUACUAGUGCUAUAUGUUUAUAUAUAGAGUGUACACAAAAACAAGGCCAACCAGAAGAAGCCACAUAGAGAAAAGCUUGAGGUGGGAGAAACUGCAAGCUGCUUCUCCUGCUGAGUUUUGUUAAAUAAUUUUUUUUAACUUAAUUUGCUCUGAAGUUUGUGUCUGAGGUCAAUGGCUGUGGUUGGUCGUGUGCCUGUGAUUUUGAAGCUUCUUCUCUCUUUAAUUCUAUGUCUCCACUUUAAGUCUUUUAGCACUCUCACUCAAGCAGCAGGCAAAUGGGAACCGUGGCAAGAUAGAUAUCCAUUCAUAAGAGAAGCAAGUACAUUCUCAUCAUCAUCAUCAGAUGCUAAUUAUAACAAACCUUACGACUAUAUAAUAGUUGGAGGUGGCACAGCGGGAUGUCCCUUGGCAACAACUUUGUCACAAAACUUUAGUGUCUUAGUGCUGGAAAGAGGGGGAGUUCCAUUUGCAAAUGCAAAUGUGUCAUUCAUGAAAAAUUUCCACAUCUCUUUGGCUGACACUUCACCUGCUUCUGCUUCUCAAUUCUUCGUCUCUACCGAUGGUGUCUUUAAUUCGAGGGCUAGAGUUUUAGGUGGUGGCACUUCUAUUAACGCCGGUUUUUACACUCGUGCUGGCCCAAGUUACAUCAACAAAGUAGGUUGGGAUUCUAAAUUGGUGAAUGAAUCAUAUCCUUGGAUUGAGAAACAAAUUGUUCAUAAACCAAACUUGGCUCCAUGGCAAGAAGCAGUAAGGGAGAGUCUUCUUGAAAUUGGUAUCUCACCUUUCAAUGGAUUCACUUAUGAUCACAUCUAUGGAACCAAGGUUGGUGGGACCAUAUUCGACCGAUUCGGCCGUCGUCACACUGCAGCUGAACUACUUGCCUCUGCUAAUCCUAAGAAGCUUGAUGUUUUGGUGCAUGCCACUGUUCAAAAGAUUGACUUUGAUACAUCAGGAAGGAAGCCAAGGGCAGUGGGAGUCAUUUUCAAAGAUGAAAAUGGGAACCAACACAAGGCAUUUCUUUCAAAGAGGAAAGGAAGUGAGAUCAUAGUGUCAUCUGGUGCAAUUGGGAGCCCUCACAUUUUGAUGCUUAGUGGAAUUGGACCAAAGGCCGAGUUGGAAAGGUUGAACAUCCCCGUGGUGCUUGCCAAUAAGUACGUCGGUCAUGGCAUGUCCGACAACCCCUUAAACACGAUCUUCGUCCCCACAAAUAGGCCCGUAGAACAGUCACUGAUUCAGACUGUAGGAAUUACUAAAGUGGGAGUCUAUAUUGAAGCUAGUAGUGGAUUCGGACAGUCUGGAGAUAGCAUUCGUUGCAACCACGGAAUCGUUUCGGCUGAGAUUGGGCAACUGUCCACUGUUCCUCCAAAGCAGAGAACACUUGAAGCAAUGGAAGCAUACCGAAGAAGCAAGAAAGACAUUCCACACGAGGCGUUUAUGGGAGGUUUCAUUUUAGAAAAGAUAGCAAUGCCUUUGUCAAGAGGGAACAUCAGUCUGGUGACUACCAAUCCGGACGACAACCCUUCCAUCACCUUCAACUAUUUCAGCCAUCCACGUGAUUUAAAACGAUGUGUAGAUGGAAUACGCAUUGUGGAGAAGAUCGCGAAAUCCAAACACUUCACCAACUACACACAGUGUGACAAAGAGACACUGGACAAGCUCCUUAACAUGAGUGUCCAAGCUAAUGUUAACCUUAUACCAAAACACACUAAUAACACAGAGUCUUUAGAACAGUUCUGCAAAGACACUGUGAUCACGAUAUGGCAUUACCAUGGUGGGUGUCAGGUUGGCAAGGUGAUCGCCCCCGAUCACAGGGUUCUUGGUGUUCAUAGGCUCCGUGUCAUUGAUGGUUCCACAUUCAAAGAUUCGCCAGGCACUAACCCUCAAGCCACGGUGAUGAUGAUGGGAAGGUACAUGGGAGUGAAGAUUCUAAGAGAGAGAUUAGGAAGAGCAGCUGGUUUGUAAAGACUUAGACAACUUUGAAGUAGAAGAGAAUUAGACCUAUUCUUUUAGUUUGUUUUGUUGAGGUGUUGUUGAAACAAGUGGAAAGGAUUUGCUUCUUUUUUUAACUAACUGUGGUUUUUUGCCAUUCUAAUUCUUAGCAAGCAGUAAUGUGUAGUCUGUCAAGAUUGGCUUGCCAUUGAAAACAGGAGUUUCUGUAUGCGUGUGUGUGGAGUUGGAAAUUGGAACUUUUUGUGCUGUUGUGUUCACAUUACAAUAUGUAUGAAAUGCAUGCUUAAUUAAUAUAUAAACCUUGCAUCUAUAUUCUUAUCUCUA